ACGAUUAUUAUUAUUAUUAUUAUUAUUAUUAUUAUAUGGCACUUGUACAUUCGCAUUCAUCUAUCUCGAGCGUGUAUAACGCGAAGCAUAAUCAUCCUACGAUCAUCACCGAAGCAUCCUGUUUGGUUUAUCUUUGUUUGGAGGGUUGGAAAUUAGCAUCCUUAUUAUAUAUAUUUUUUUUUCUCAUCCACAAACCGGCACCGCCAGAGAAGACUGGAAAAAAGAUCGAAUCGCGGGGAAACUAGUCGGAGAAACGUCGUUCGACGGUGUAUCGAACAAUGAAGCGCCGCGCGCACGUCUUUCCGUAUUCUCUGGCGAAACCGGUGCGUACCUCACGCCUAUACUUCACGUAAAACCACGGCAAAAUUUUACCCUGGGCGCACCUAUCUCUCGGAGCUAUUGGCUGACUACGUUUAUGUGUUGGGUUGGUUACGGGUUUAAUCACACUGAUCUCUCUCGCCAGUCGCGUAACAACCUCCCCCGCCCCGUGCAUCGAUCGACGUCACACCUCUCCGGCCUCCGGAGCCCCGUCCCGCCACGCUCCGCCCACUCCUCAGAGGCUCCGCCCACGCUCCGCCCACUCCCCAGAGGCUCCGCCCAAGCUCCGCCCACUCCUCAAAGGCUCUGCCCCGCGCGAAGUUCCACGGAACGGCGGCGCGCCUCCCGUCCGCAAUUUUACGUUGUUUCCCCCACCACCUCCGCCCGCCCUUUUUGGUUUCGUUUUAAUUUAAAUAACCUUGUUGCCUCGCUCUCGCGUCUCGCUUGGCGCCGGGACCUGUUGCAGGGAUGGUCGCGCUACUGUCGUUGUUGCGGUCCGAUUACAAGCACCACCCGACCGCGAAGAAGAGCGGUCGCACGACGAUGUCGGCCGGGCCGAGGGGCGGCCUGGUCGUGGCCGGUAGGCGUGUCAGCAGCAACGCCGGCGACAGCAACAGCUACGACAGCGGCACCGACAACAACAACCCCCGCACCGGGUCCGCCCGCGAAGUCGUGUUCCCCGAUUCGUUCGAGGUGCUGCCGCAGCCGCGCGACCUCAGCGUCGUCUACAUGGGCGUGCCGCACGAGCAGCAACGGAAGUUCAGGUGUCGGUUCUGCGGGAAGGGAUACCGGUGGAAAAGCACGAUGCGCCGCCACGAGACGGUCGAGUGCGGCGGCAAGCCGCCCGCGUUCCAGUGCCCCGAGUGCCCCUACAAGGCCAGGCAGAGGGGCAACCUGACCGUCCACUACAAGCGACAUCAUCAGAAGAUCGGCUACGACGAGGGCGCCUAAACGAUCGCCUUUAGAUAGUUCGCCGUACGCGAAGUCGUCCUCGAUAACGCGCGCGAACAGCAUACGCGAAACUCUUUCGCGCGCUCUCGGAUUGGUUCCGUGUCGCUUGGCCGCACAGUUCGCUUUCUUCUUUUAGAGUACAAUGUUUUUUCUACGUUUUUCGAGUCUUUUCUGGUCUACGGUUUUAUUUCUUGAAGGGAAAUGUCUUUUCAUCACGAAGAGAUUUCUUCGCGCGAUUUUUCUGCAGCGGUUUUUGCUCAGUUCGGUAAUUCAGCGACCUCUCCGUAACUGUCGGCGAGUCCUCCGCGAUAACUGUCGUAAUUCCCCGUAGCUUUGGCGAUUCUCUCUCGCGAAAUCGCUGGCUGUCGCGGAGUUCGCGUAAUUUACAUAGCUCGCAUAUGUAAUUGAAAAGAAUUCGUAGAAGCAAAAAGCCGUCUUUUCCCGCGCUGCGACGCGCGUUUAUGUCGCGACGACAUAUUUUCGGUGUUUCGCGGUUAUUUUUUAAUAUAACCACAUUAUAUUCGCGCGCGUUCUCGAGCGACAGUAAUGGAAUACUUCGAUCUCGAUUUAUAAAUUGGCCCGCAGAAAGGCCGAGCGAGAUUUCCCGCGCGACACGGAACGCGCGGAAUUGUUUGACCGUGCAGAGAUGCACUCGAAACACGGGUCGAUCGAUUGUACAUAAAAGAAAAAGAAAAGAAAAAACGAAAGCGGAGCCAAGCGUCGAGACGCGGCGAAAGAGUUCGGCUGUUCGCGGCCACGUUUCGGCGAUUUCGUGACACGCAAAAGGGUUCGCACAAAAAUCCGGGCGUCGUUGUCGCGGACCACUGUAGAAAGUUUAGGAUAAUUUCCGCCUAAUUUCUCGAGUAUAAUAAUUUACCUCAGCUAUAAGAGUUCAUCGUGGUAUUUCGGUUCUACGUGUACAUAAUCUUGAAUCUUGACUACUUUUUACCCCUUUGAAAGGUAUUUUUUUUUUCUUUUUCUUUGCUUUUGUAUAACGUGUAGGCGUUCUAUUAUUUAGGUAAGCACGACAAUACUUGAUUUUUUACGGUUUCGAACGGACGUCAGCGUGUACGCGCGCGCACGCGCGUGUAUGUACAUCUAUGCAUGUAUAUCCGAGAGCCCGCUCGAGAACAGCUCAAUUUUCUGCGAGGAUCGCAGAUCACGAACAAAGAAACAUUCCAACGCGGCGCGGAUGAUCGGAAUACAGUAAUGUCUCCCAUACUGACGCUCAGAUUGUCCCCCAUAAUGGACAAUUUUG